AUGGGUCUAGUAGUGGCUUCCAUCGCUCAAUCGGCAGGCGUUGAAGAUGCGGUCUCCUCAGUAGACCCGCUGACUACUAUUGAUCUUCGCUAUUUACAAACCUCUAUUGACCCCACGGUUAUUUCCUCUCUAGAGGAGGCCGUGAAGGAAUUGUCCUUUGCCACUGACACUCUAUGGGUGCUCUGCUGUGGAGUUCUCAUUUUUUUCAUGCAAGUCGGUUUCGCUUCGCUAGAGGUGGGCUCUGUAAGGAUCAAUAGCGUCGAGAGUAUCCUAUUCAAGAACGUGCUCGACAUCUGUGUUGGUGGCAUCUGCUGGUGGGCCACCGGCUUCGCUAUCGCGUACAGUCUCCAGGAGACUCAGCAUGCUUUCUUCGGUCAAGGUCUAUUGUCAUGGCCAACUGACAGCACUACGCCUUCAGCUGGCGUGUUCUCUCUCUCUGAGUGGUUCUUCCAAUGGGGGUACUCGACGACUGCAGCAACGAUAGUGUCUGGGGGUAUCGCUGAACGAGCCCGAAUAGAAAGCUAUCUUAUCUACUCUGCUGUUAUGACUGGUGUUAUCUAUCCCGUAGUUGUGUCCUGGACGUGGAAUCCUGAUGGUUGGCUACGGACGUCCUUCCAAUCUCCCUACUACGAUUAUGCGGGUAGCGGAGUUAUUCAUCUAACAGGGGGAAUUGGUGCGCUCGUUGGCAGUAUCGUCCUGGGUUCACGGUCAGGGCGCUUUAAGGAAGGCGUCAGUCAGAUAGUCUUCGAGCCUCAUUCGCUGCCUCUGAUAGUACUCGGCACUAUCUUCUUAUGGUUCGGCUGGUUUGGUUUCAACAUGGGAUCAACACGUGCAUUGCAUACUUCUACCCAAGCACUCACUGCUAGCUUGAUCGCCGUCAACGUAACGUUGGCUGCAGCAGCUGGUGGAUUGUCAACCUUCACGUUGCGAUACAUAAUGCUGAAACAUCACAAAUAUAACGUUAAAGCACUGUGCAAUGGUAUCCUCGCUGGCUUAGUGUCUAUCACGGCUUCUUGUGCCAAUGUCACGCCCAGUGGGGCUCUGAUCGUGGGCGUUGUCGGCGGAAUACUGUAUCAAAUAGCAUCAUGGUCGAUACGUCUAUUGAAGAUAGACGAUCCAGUAGAUGCUUUUCCUAUACACGGAAUUGGCGGUAUAUGGGGUGUGUUGGCAGUAGCCCUUGUAGAUUUCUCAGAAGGCUUCGAUGCGGUCAGUUUUGCGCCAAACGUUGGUGUUGGAUACCAAUUCGGCAUUCAACUCCUUGCGGUUGUAGUGAUCACAGCAUUCGUCGGAGUCUCUAGUUUGUUGGUCUUUGGGCUCUUCCGGAUGGUACAGUUCCUCCGCAUUGACGUACCUCCCACGGUAGAACGAUGCCGUCGGCCGCCGGCUCCUGCUGCUGCUGGCCGACCAACGCUGAAGCCAAAUGACUUGAGUGCUGGGGUCAGUGUGGAUUCCCGAGCUCAUGACUUUGACGAUCUUAGUAGCACAUGAGUUCUCUCCGCUGAACUGAUUUUAUAUUUUCAAAGCCCAUAAUAACGAAUGUAUUCUUUUGGAUCUCAUGUGAACCCCUGUUUGACAUAGUAAUAGCAGUAGUAGUG